AUGCAAGAUGUGUUGCAUGGGCUAAGAAUGCCGCAUGUGAUUGCGGCUGUUGGACUGGCUGGAGCAGCUUUAACAGUCUAUUGUAUUUAUUUCGAUCACACACGACGAUCCGCGCCAGAUUACAAGGAUAAAAUCCGACGAAGACGGCGUGAACAGGCUCGAUUGCAUGGUGCAGGCACUAGGGAAGGCCCGAGCAGUUACGCACAAGUGACCGAUCAAACGGAUUCUUUGCAGGCAUUCUUCGUAAAAGAAAUGCAACUCGGAGAACAGCUAUUGUCAGAUGGCAACGUGGUCGAAGGCGUUGUUCACAUGGCAAACAGUGUGGCAGUGUGCAGCGAACCGGAACAAUUGUUGCAGAUCUUCCGGCGAAUGCUAUCGCCGGAGCUGUACAGUGCCAUAAUUCAACGGUUACCGGAAAGCUUCGCUAGUGUGCCUGCAUUGUUGGUUGAGGCUAUGUCGACGGCGAGACCACAACUUCCAGAGCAGGUUCCACCAGAUCCAGAACCAACUGAGAUGAAAGCUGAAACAUAA